AUUCUAUGAAGUACAGCAUAAAAUACAAGAACAGAGCACUACUACAUGACGUUGACACAAAACUCUACGAGAGGACGUGAAGAGAUAAGUGAUUUAUUACACUAUCAGUAACUAUUUCAAUAUUUUUACUGAAUUAUUUUUAACAGUUGUUACUUUUGAAACAUUUUUAUUUUAAUUUCUUUUUUGAUGAUUUGAUCUUUUGAUUUUUUUCUAUAAAAGUGAUUGAACUGUAACUGGAUGCUACAAAAACGUGAUUAGAGUCUACUCCAGUAGAAAAGUUGAAAUAUUAGUGAAGUAAUUACUAAGACACCUUUAAAAAGCGGUUUUUGAGUAUUUGAGAGUUACCGUCCAUAAGGGCGCUAAUAUUUUAUAUGACUUUAGUAAAACAUCAAAAGACAUUAUUAGCAAAAAGCAUAGUUGGGAAUUUUGGGCCCGAGCAAGCGAGGUGUAUGACUUCGCAGCGACGUGAGCCUAACUGUUAUAGGACUACAAAAUUUUCAUCCAAUAGGCAUCGAAAACUUCAACCAUUUAGAGAAACGUGACUGGCUACUGAGAUUUCACGUAAUAUUAAUCCAAUAUCGAAGAUCAUCCAAAUAAAUAACCAACAUCAUAUUUCUUACAAUCCUACCGCUCCUGUGCAACUUCCACAAUGAGUGUCAACGUUAAUAGAAAUGUCAGCGAUGUCUUCUAUCGCUAUAAAAUGCCACGAAUCAUGGCCAAAGUUGAAGGCAAAGGAAAUGGUAUAAAAACCGUCAUUGUCAAUAUGGCUGAGGUUGCUAAAGCACUAGGUAGACCUCCAACCUACCCAACUAAAUACUUUGGCUGCGAAUUGGGCGCCCAAACUCAAUUUGACUUCAAAAAUGAACGCUUCAUCGUAAAUGGAUCUCAUGAUGCUUCCAAACUUCAAGAUCUUUUGGAUGGAUUUAUACGCAAAUUUGUGUUAUGUCCAGAGUGUGACAAUCCUGAAACUGAUUUGUUAGUAUCUUUAAAAAGAAAUACAAUUUCCCAGGGAUGUAAGGCUUGUGGUUACCAUGGUGUAUUAGAAUCCAAUCAUAAACUAAUGACAUUUAUAUUAAAAAACCCACCAAAUUCGAAUCCCGCUAGCCAGGGCUCAUCUCUGACUGAAGGAAAACGUUCUAAGCGCAGCAAACGUAAUGGAGAAUCAAAUGGCGAUCAAGAAGAUCAAGGAGAUACAACACUUGAAUCAUCUGCUGUAGAAAACAGUAUUGAUAACAAUGAUGGCAGUGAUGAUGACCAAACAGAAUGGGCAGUGGAUGUAACUGAGGAAGCUGUAAGAGCUAGAAUGCAGGAUCUUACUGAUGGUGCUAAAAAUAUGACCAUUAGUGAUGAUCUUGAAAAAUCCGAAAAAGAAAGAAUGGACAUUUUAUAUAAUUUGGUAAAAGCAAAGCGGGAUUCUGGUCUUUUGGAAAAUGUGCAGACUCAAAAGGAAGUUUUGAAUGAAGCUGAACGCCUGGAGAUUAAAACCAAAGCUCCUCUUAUUCUAGCAGAACUACUUUUUGAUCAGAAUAUUCUGGCACAAGCUAAAAAAUACCGCACGCUAUUCUUGCGUUUUAUGUUGAAUGAUAAGAAGGCACAGAAAUAUCUUAUUGGCGGAUUGGAACAAGUCAUUGCUUUGCAUAGAGAUAAACUGAUGAAUAAAGUUCCAGGUUUGUUGAAAGUAUUGUAUGAUAUGGACAUUCUUGGAGAAGAAUGCAUUAUCGAAUGGUCAGAAAAGGUAUCUAAAAAAUACGUAGCUAAAGAUGUUAGCCAAGAAAUUCAUGAUAAGGCAGCACCAUUCAUAAAAUGGUUGAAGGAAGCUGAAUCUGAAGAUUCAGAAAAUGAGGAUGAAAGUGAAUACGAUGAUGAUGAAGUGGAAAUUGAAUAUAACGACAGAGCACAAAUCCAACUGAAAGUUACACCUCAACAGAAAGCAGCACCUAAACCGGCCGAAGAUGAUGGACAGGAUGAUGUGGACAUUGAUGCCAUUUAAAUAUUUUUCUUAUUAGUUGAAUGUAUAAACACAUCAAACUUGCAUUUUUUGUUGUUUAUGAAACCUGUUGAAGUUUAUAUAUUACAGGGAAUUGAAAUAUUUGUCAUCAUUUUAUUUGUGUUCACUUUAUAUAUUUACAUUGAGUGGAAAGGCAUGUUUUGAAAUAUUGUCUAAAUUCUGGUCUUUAUUAAUUUUUAUUCAAGUUACACAAGUUGCAUUUUUAAGCAUGUGAGUAUAAUGAUGACAAAUAAUUAUUUUUUUCUGUUUUAUUUUAUAAUCACAAUCUGAUAACGAAACUUGCAAGUCUGUUAUGUUUUUAAAGGCGCUUAUUAUGAGGGUGUCAAUAUAAUUAUAUGUCUACUUUUUUUUAUUCAAGCAUUGAUUUUUUAAUUAUAUAUUGUGGUUGAUUCA